AUGUCUUCUCGACCCGCCCUCUGUCUCCUGCAUCGCGCCCUGACUGUUCCUCUGGGCGAGGAGCCGCCGUGGGGAGGCAGGCUUCUCCAUUCUGACCCGCCUUUCCUUCCUCUCGAGCUCUUGUCUCCUGGACAGCCUGCCGCGUUGCCGCUCCGAGACCUCAUCCGCUCUUUCGCCUCGCACGCGCUUGCAGCGAUGGCGGGGCCCAGUCGUCUUCCCCCUUGGGCCUUCACUUUUUUGUGUGAAUCCUUUUUGGAAACGGUUUCGUCUUCUUCCGCCGAUGCAUGCGAUCUCGCCUUCGACAUUUCUUCCCCUCCGCCUCGCUCUGGGCCCUAUCGGCACGUAUACGCCCUCAAGCCGCGCGACCAGCGGUGCCGGCCAGACCCCGACAAAACCGGAAGGCUCAAGCGAGGGUGGAAACCCUCCCCAGGGUCGUGUUUCGUCUCCUACCGCCACCUUUUUCUCCUAUUUUGCAUUCUCGUCUGGUUGGGCUCUCGCCCCGUCACCGUAGAAGGCCGGAGCGAGAGGCGCACAGGCAGAAGUCCUCAGACGCCGCAACCGCACGGCUCACGGGUUCCGCACGCGCCUCACUCCGUACCGCGUCCUCCCUCUCCUCUAAAGAGGACGGCAAGCGACACCGCCCAGAGGCGCUACGAAUCGCUGAAGCAACCGUUCGCGUUUGGUGGCUUUCAUAAACCCGAGCAGGCUUUGAGACGUAAUUUGCGGGAACCUCUCGGAAACGAAGAUUCCCAGUCGUAUUCAGCCUUUUUGGAGACCGGGUCGCGUCCGCGCCGUGGCGGGUUCUCACCCUCUUUUCACUUUCCAACGGCCGUGUCCUUUGUUGCUCAUUCGUCUUUCUCGCCCUCGUCCUCUCCUUCUUCCUUUCCUUCCUCUGCUUUCUCUCCCGUUCCUUUCACGCGUCUCUUGCCUCACUCUGGCUCUUCCCUCUCUCCGUGCUGGUUCGGCACCUGCUCGCAGUUCCCUUGUGGGACGGGGCCCUCGCCAAAGUCGUGCUUCCGUUCUGCUUCAAAUGCUUCAUGCGGAAGACCUCUGCUGUCCUUGUCACUUCGGAGGAAGGAGUCUUCUAUCGGCGAGCAGGCGUUCUCUCUCGCUUCCACUCGAAAGCAAGGGACGCGAGACUCUCGGCUGCAGGCAGGCUUCGCUUUUCACGUCAACCCCCCCGCACGCGAACGGGGCAACGUGUUUCCCUCCUGCGUAUCAUCCUCUCUCCGUUCGGCUGCUUCUCCUCUCCCGUUGUUGACUCGUUUUUCGCGUUUGUCUUUCUUGUGCGCAUUUUCGCCCUCGCCUCCGUCCGUCUCCCUCACCGCAUCCUCGCUUUCGUCUUGUCUACAUUCUUCGCCGUUCGCCUCCUCGUUCCCCUCUGCUUCGUCUCCACCUUCGCUGUCUCUGUCUGAGGCUCACACUGCGGCCGCGGAGAGUGCGGAGCGCGCAGCGAUCCAGAAGGCGGCUCUUGAGCGCGACGCGGCGUUCGCCUCUCCGCCCUCGCUUUUGUCUUCUCCGGAGAAGGUGCGGGAGAUCACAGGCGCCGCGUCCACAGCCACUCCGGUGUGCUUCUCCCCGUCGGGAGAGGCGAAAUUUCCCGCGGCGCGGGCAGCGGAGGCCAGAGACCCCCAGAGCGGACGCGCAAGCGCAGAGGGAGAGGCACAGGCUGCUGGGUUCGGCCGCGCUUCUUCGCGUCAGGUCCAGGAGGAAGAGAGCCGAGUUUCGCCGCUGUCUCCGGAGGCCAAAGGCUGGCACGCGGUGCCCGAGUCCGAGUGGCAUGCGUACAGCAGAGACCAGUUUUUUCAUGCGAACCAAACGGCCAACUACGAGCUCUUCCCCGACACCCUGCCGCUCGCCCUGACGAGUCAGAAACUGAAGCAUCUGCAGACGCGGCAGCGAGAAGUCUACCAAACGCGCAAGGCGACCGAGAGGCGCAAGGGCGCCAAGACCUGGAGAGACUACCUCUCCUGGAUUCCCGAAGAGCGGAAGGAAGACGCGGAAGGCUUUCCGCCUUCGCCCGAGACCAGCAUCGAAGAGCUACCCAUCAAGACGCUUGUCGUCGACAACGAAACAAUUCUCUAUCGCCAGGACGCUCUAGAAGAAAAGGCGCUUUACGACGUCCCAGACGACUUCCCUGACGACGACUGGGUCCCGGUGAAGCCCGACCUGCCUAUGGGGCGUUUGGUGGUGGACUACGGGCUCAUUCCGAACGUCACUCUGACGGCGGGAGGGUUCGACUACAUUGAGACCUACCACGACCCGAAACGAAACUACACGUGGUCCUACAAACGCUGGAAUCCGUUCAAACAGGAAGGCGAACUGCCGGGGACCCGCGACGCCCAGCCAGGGUCUGCCUUCGACUUGGAGUCGGAGAAAAGCCGCCGGUACUGGGGCGAAGAAGCCACACCGCCCAAGAAGGAACUGGACGACGGCGUCUUCCGCCAAGUGACACUGGCGGAGCAGAUGACUGCAGGCAUGAAGCGAACACCGGUCGGCAUGGAUCAGUGGCAAUUCACCCCGCUGCAUCCCCUCGGGCACGUUGCGCAGGAACAGAAUUUCUAUCUCUCAGCACUAAACAAAACGCUUUCUCGCGCGCGGGAAGAGGCGCAGAAAGAGGCCGCGGCGCUCGCUUCUCUGGCCGAGACCUACGCCGCAGCUGCAGCAGACAAACAGCCGCACCUCGUGGAAGGGAAAGAAACGUUGCCGUUGUGGGUGGUUCUCCCACAUGCGAAAGCCGCCGCCUCGUCUACCACCUCGUCUACCGCCUCGUCUACCGCCUCGUCUACCGCCUCGUCUACCGCCUCCCUACGCGGACGGCGUCACACUCCAGUCCCCUCGAAAACGCAGCGUCCCGAGCCGUGCCAGCCGGGCCCGGCUUCAGAGGUGCAAACGCUUGCCGCUCCGCAGUCUCCUUCCCGGUCUUCGCCAUCGUCUUCCUCGUCUCCACCGUCUUCUGAGCGGACUCCUAUUGUGCGGCGGAGUGCGUACCAGCCGUUGGGCGAGGCGGACGUCGCCGCGGGCGAGCGCGCAGAUGGCAUGACGUAUCGCCAGCUGGGCAAGAGUCAGCUUUUUGUCUCCCAAGUCGGUUUGGGGACCAUGACUGUGGGCAGCCCGCAGCUCGGAAGAGAGCGAACGUUCCAGCUCUUCGACUACGCCGUGGACGCCUGGGGCGUGAACUUCAUCGACACCGCGGAGCUAUAUCCUCUCCCGGCGACGCCCUUGACCUUCGGCCGCAGCGAAGAAAUCGUCGGCGAGUGGCUAACCAAACGCGGAAAGCAACAGAGAGAGAAGCUGGUCAUCGCGACCAAAGUUGCGGGCCGCUCGAAGAGCCUCGCGUGGCUGCGAACGGAAGACGCCGGCAGAAGCACAGGCCUCCCGAAGCAGAAACAGUUCCCACGGCUCGGCCACGGAGAACAGACUGGGACGUGUCUGUCGAAGAACCAGAUUCUCGCAGCAGCCGAAGGCAGCCUGCGGCGGCUAAGAACGGACUACAUUGACCUUUUCCAGCUUCACUGGCCUGACCGCUAUGUGCCUCUACACGGCAGCGGAGAUUUCGGCGACGUCCUUUUCGACCCGGCGCGCGCCCGCGAGCAAGACAGCCGAGAGGCGGUGAUCCCCAUGGAGGAGCAGCUCGAGGCCAUCGGCCAGCUCCUUCGGGAAGGCAAGAUUCGAGCCUGGGGACUGAGCAACGAGACACCCUAUGGUGUUUGCCGAUUCACCGAGCUGGCCACGCGGGUGUUCGGCCUUCCCCCUCCAGCCUCUGUGCAGGUCCAGUACAAUCUUUUGUGCCGGAACGACGUAGAAAAAGGUUUUGUGGAGGUCGCCAGGCCUCAGAAUGCUGGCACUGCUCUGGUCGCCUACGGAGCUCUCGGAGGCGGAAUUUUAACUGGCAAAUACUUGGAAUGGCUAGAGUACCCCACGACUGGCCGGAUGCUCCGUUUCCCAUCUUAUAUGAGGCGCUACAGGGGCUCGUUGGCUGCGCGAGCUGUUACGGCGUACUUUUAUCUGGCGCUUCGCCUAGACCACCCGAACCUGACUGUGAUGGCUCUCCGUUGGGUCCUAUCGCGGCCGUUCAUCUGCUCGACGAUUUUAGGAUUCACAGAUUUUCUCCAGCUGCGCGAGAAUCUCUUCUGCACCUCUCCGGCCUGCGGUGUUCUGAGCGACUGGGCAGAACGAGAAAUCAAUUUCCUGCACUGGAAGUGGAGAGAUGCACUGAGAAUCAUUCAGUGA